UUUGGUUGAAAUUUUCUUCAAAGCGUGCUUGAUUUUCCCUCUAGCCUGUCUGUAUCUGUGUGUGUGCCUCGCAGUGUGAGUGAUCGAGAAGUUUCUGGCUAUUGAAAUUGAAAUUUAGGCCAGAAGAUCCUCCUUUUAUUCAGAAAAUUGUGUAACCAUGACAAACACCAUCAGCAACGACGAUGCCUCGGCCGGCAGCCACAAGGACAAGGGUAACGAGGCUUUUAAGGGUUCCCAGUGGGACGAGGCAGUGAAGCACUACAGCAACGCCAUCAAGCUGGGUGCCACCCACAAAGAACUACCGGUGUUCUACAAGAACCGCGCAGCUGCCUACCUGAAGCUGGAAAAGUUCGAGAAGGCCGUCGAGGAUUGCACAGAGUCACUCAAGUUGGUUCCCAACGACCCAAAGGCUCUUUUCAGGCGCGCCCAGGCUUACGAAUCGCUGGAGAAGUACGAGGAGGCGUACCGCGAUGCCACGGCUCUGUUCAAGGCAGAUCCGGGCAACAAAACGGUGCAGCCAGUUCUUCAGAGAUUGCAUGUGAUUGUUCAGGAGCGAGUGGCCCGCAAUGCCAAACUCUCGACCAAGGUUAAGAAUAUGAUGGAUCUCACCUUCGACCUGACCUCGCCCCUGGAAAAGCGACGCUCGGCUGCCAACAACCUGGUGGUUCUCGCCAAGGAGUCCACCGGCGCUGAGCUGCUCUACAAAGAGCACUGUGUGGCCAAGGUGGCCACUCUGGCCAAAGUGGAGAAGGAUCAGGAGAUCUACAUAAAUAUGGUGUACGUGGUGGCCGCCCUCUGCGAGAACAGCGUCGAGCGAACCAAGGGAGUGCUCACGGAGCUGGGUGUGCCCUGGUUUAUGCGUGUCCUCGACCAGAAGCACGAGGAGUGCGUGGCCACGGCCCAGUACUGUCUUCAGACCAUCAUCAACGCCCUUUCCGGGCUAAAGAACAAGGCGGACUCCAAGCCGGACAAGGAGCUCUGCUCGAAAAACAAUCGAGAGAUCGAUACUCUGCUCACCUGUCUGGUAUACAGCAUCACGGAUCGCACAAUUUCUGGCGCAGCUCGGGAUGCCGUCAUAGAGUUGCUCACCAGAAACAUUCACUACGCGGCCCUAGAAUGGGCCGAGCGUCUGGUGGAGAUUCGCGGCCUGUGCCGCCUCCUGGAGGUGUGCUCCGAGUUGGAGGACUAUAAGUACGAGAGUGCCAUGGAGAUAACCUCGUCCUCCUCUACAAUUGCGUCGGUCUGUCUGGCCAGGGUCUAUGAGAACAUGUACUAUGACGAGGCCAAGUUACGCUUCGUGGAACAGAUCGACGAGUUCAUCAAAGACAAGCUGCUGUCGCCCGACAUGGAGUCCAAGGUGCGCGUCAUCGUGACUAUAACUGCUUUACUGAGCGGCCCCCUGGAUGUUGGCAACCAAAUUAUCGCCAGAGAGGGCAUUCUGCAGAUGAUUUUGGCCAUGGCCACCACAGAAGAUGAGCUGCAGCAGCGUGUGGCAUGCGAGUGUCUGAUAGCCGCCUCCUCCAAAAAGGACAAGGCCAAGGCUCUUUCUGAGAAUGGCGUGGACAUACUCAAGCGGCUCUACCACUCCAAAAAUGACGCCAUCCGAGUCCGCGCCCUUGUGGGAUUGUGCAAGCUUGGCAGCUACGGGGGAGGUGAUGCGGCUAUUCGGCCAUUUGGCGAUGGGGCAGCCCUCAAGCUGGCCGAAGCCUGUCGCCGUUUCUUGAUCAAGCCCGGCAAGGACAAGGACAUUCGACGCUGGGCUGCCGAUGGCCUGGCUUAUCUCACGCUCGAUGCCGAAUGCAAGGAGAAACUGAUCGAGGACAAGGCCUCCAUACACGCUCUGAUGGAGCUGACCCGCGGCGGAGACCAGUCCUGUCUGUACGGAGUGGUAACCACCUUCGUCAAUCUGUGCAAUGCGUACGAGAAGCAGGAAAUGGUUCCUGAAAUGGUGGAGCUGGCCAAGUUCGCGAAGCAACACAUACCCGAGGAGCACGAGCUGGACGAUGUGGACUUCAUAAACAAGCGUAUUACGAUCCUGGCCAACGAGGGCAUCACCACCGCACUCUGUGCUCUGGCCAAAACCGAGAGCCACAACUCGCAGGAGCUGAUGGCCAGGGUUCUGAAUGCAGUUUGUGGACUCCAGGAGCUGCGCGGAAAGGUCGUCCAGGAUGGCGGCGUCAAGGCGCUUCUGCGCAUGGCCCUCGAGGGCACAGAGAAGGGCAAGAGGCAUGCCUGCCAGGCUCUCGCCAGAAUCGGUAUAACCAUCAACCCAGAGGUAGCGUUCAGCGGCCAAAGAUCUCUCGAUGUCAUUCGGCCGUUGUUGAAUCUGCUGCAUCAGGACUGCACGGCACUGGAGAACUUUGAGGCGCUGAUGGCUCUCACCAAUUUGGCCAACAUGAACGAAAGCGUCCGCCAGCGCAUCGUCAAGGAGCAGGGAGUGUCAAGGAUCGAGUUCUACCUGAUGGAAGAUCAUGUAUUUCUGACGCGAGCAGCUGCUCAAUGCAUUUGCAAUCUGGUGAUGUCCGGGGACGUGGUCAAGAUGUUCGAGGGCGAAAACGAUCGCGUCAAAUUCCUGGCCCUUCUCUGCGAGGAUGAGGACGAGGAGACAGCCAUGGCCUGUGCCGGGGCCUUGGCCAUGCUCACUUCCGUUUCGGAGAAGUGUUGUGAGAAAAUAUUCGCAGUUUCCAGCUGGCUGGACGUACUCCACACACUGAUAGCCAAUCCCAGCCCUGCAGUUCAGCAUCGGGGCAUUGUCAUAAUACUCAAUAUGAUCAAUUCCGGCGAGGAGACUGCCAAGAAGCUCUUCCAGACGGACAUUAUGGAGUUGCUGAGCGGCCUCGGCCAGCUACCGGAUGAGUCGCGAGCCAAGGCCAGAGAGGUGGCAAUUCAGUGCCUGGCCGCAGCGGAGAGAUAUCGCAUUAUUGAGCGAUCCGAUGAUGCCGAAAUUCCCGACGUGUUUGCCGAGAGUGCCAAAAUUACAGAAAUUCUUGAUGAAUAAUUUCAUUUAUUCUUUGCCGUAUACCGUAUACUAUUUCGG